UGUUUAGCAGGGCUAGCAGCUCUAGGCGAUUCGGAAUUAUUUUUCUGCGGACUGGUUUUGGGCGUCGUUUGCGCUGGAGACCUUUUGCGACUCGUACGAGGAGACAUCCAUUGCGCGACAGUGCAGAUCGACACACAUCGGACGCCACGCAGUGAUUCGGCUCGAUAAGGGACGCUGCAAAACCGCAGCAGCUCGACGUCGCCACCGCUUUUCGGGACGUGUUCGCAUCCGGUGAACACUUCGGACUGCUCCGCUCCCCCCGCGAUCCACCACCGUACGAGCCGGACCCCGGGGCACGACCCGGCGCCGGAGCCGAAGCCGCAUUCGAACCUCGAGCGCCGACGCGCCAAGAUCCGCAUCCGAUCACGACCCGUCACCCCGACAAACCACCGCCAUGGCGUCCACAGUAACAAGCGGCUCGCUCGUCUACGAGCGGCGCGUCAUCGAGCGCGUCCACAAAUACCACUGGCCGGCCGUCCAGCUCAACCUCUGGAUGCUCAUUAUGCUGGUCGCCUCCUGCCUCAUCAUUGGCGUGUUUGCGACCUUCAUCCAGAUCCAGCAGGUCCUCCUGCUGCCAAUACCAUGGUACUUCCCCUACUACAUCACCGUCGCCUCCCUCAACGUAGCCUUCAUCCUGGUCCUUCUCUGGCUCAUCUUCCAGCGGCGGCUGCUCCCCUCCAUCGUCAUGAUCGGGGGCUUCAUCCUGUUCGUGCUGUGGCUGGUCGGCCUCGUCGUCGUCUCCAUCCAGCUGUGGGGGCCCGACGGCUCCGUCAGCUCCACCUGCAGCCUCUUCGUCUUCGGCGCCGACCCCCAGCCCACCGGCCAGACCCUCGAGACCCUCGCCUGGCUGCAGCAGCGCGGCAUCUGCCAGAGCUGGCAGGCCGUGUUCGCGUUUGGGUUGGUCGGGGCGAUUUUCUUGCUGUGGAUCAUGGUCAUGGCUUAUCAGGUCUUUGCGGAUGAUUCGUGAUGAGUGAUGAGGGGGUGAGGUGGGGUGGUGUUUUUGGCUUUUUGGUGAUUUGGGAUGCCAAAGCUUC